CUCACCUCUACCACGACGCUUGACGAUCACUACACGACAUAUCUCUAAUAUGGAUGGGACUAGGCUAAGACAGUCGUGGUACGCUGCACUCGACAAUGCCCAAGCACACUUUCGUCAACUCCUCACCUCGCACUCCUCUUCCGAAUGGAAGCGUGUUCCCGUAGCAAACGAAGCCGCCUCUCCAGCAAGCAAAGGGAAAGCGCGCGCGUCGGACGUACUCGAGCUAACCGAUGUCAUCAUCCACCGUCGACCAAGCAAGUCCGGAGACAACACAUACCGUGCCGUUCUCGAGGUACCUAUCAGUGAUGACCCGGUGUCUCUCGCUGCGUGGAAGUCUGUACUCGUUACCCCGGAACUUCGGAAGGAAUGGGAUCCCGCGGUGGAGAGUGCGCAGUUGCUGGAGAUGUUCGACCUGGCGACAAGGAUCUCUAAGGUGAACUUCUCGCUAGGAUGGCCUGCCAAUCCGCGAGACGCAGUCACUAUUUCCCGCACGUUUAAUGAUGCCACUACGUUAAUCGAUAUCUCCACGUCUUUACCUCGAUCACCGGAUGAACCGACAUACUUACGACCGUCUCCACCAUAUGUACGCUCUGAUGUUGCACUGUUCGGCUGGUGUAUCCAGCGCAUACAGCCACAAUCAAUCGAUCCGUCCCAACGUUCUGGUAUUGCAAGACUGCGCAUCACUUGUUUCUGGCAGCACAACUUCCGCUUGGUCUGGGGUUUCACUUCUGGUUCAAGUCUUGUUCAGCAACUUGCUGCGAUGACAGUAGGUCUCUACAAGACAGUGCAGCAACGCGGCAAGCGCGUACCUCUCAUGACUGGCUAUGGCAACGGAGUCUCGAUUGAACGAGUACGGUUUGCUGUAGACAGAGAAGCUCUGACGGUGGACUACUCUAUCGUCCCAGAAGAGGACGAGCAUCCACAGCCCGCAGAACAGAGUGUGGAAGAACUCCACCAGAUACGUGAGGCCCGCAGGCUCACCCGUUCUGUCGAGUUCUCUCUUCCCUCUGCGCACGGGUGGGACGUCCAACUGUCGACCAAGGGCUCCUCGGAGCAGGUCUCGCAGCUCCCGUGGACUGCGCAUGCGACUCGUGCUCCCGUUUCCUCGCCUACGGCGGAGUUGCCAUCUACAGACAUUCCCAAGUUCACCCUAGCAGUGAAGCACGCGGAGCUUCCAAACGACCAUGUCGUGCUCAAGGUCCGCGUGACCAUAGAGCUUUCUGGUCCGUCCACUGCGCUCCGACUGAAUGGCAUCCCGCAGUCCGUCGAGGAGCUGGAGCCGCGAGACCCUGCGUCUUAUUUCGUGUCUCAGCAGAUGUUCCAGGACGCGUCGAGUAUGGCUGAGCAAAGUCUGCAUACGCAGUCUUCGGUCGCUACUAUGGCGACAAGCACGUCUAGGGCGUCGACCGUCGGUGAGCGGCCACAGAUCGCGCGAACGCCGACGGAGCGCUCGGCUGCGGCGGAGAAGUCAAUUCUAUCGCGGGUGAAGCGGAAUUACAUCUACUUUUCCUCGCUCCUGCAAGAGCCGGAAGCGAAGUGGAAGCAAAACGUGGAGGCGCGCGGAGUGUCUGUGUCGCAGCUGGACUCUAUCGACCCUACGCUGGUUGUGUACCGAGCGGAGGCAACUUUCGUCGGUAUAAGUCUAUGGGACUUAUAUGCUGCUAUCACCACGGCCGGUGCGAGGGCGUACUGGGACAAGCAGUACGACGACGCUGUGCUACUUGAAGACGUCAACGAGCUGACGGAGCUAUGGCAUUACAAGACCAAGCCAGCAUGGCCGGUCAACGGACGCGACAUGGUCGUUCUCAAGACGGUCUAUAAGUCGCCAACCACCGUGCAUGUUUUCGCUUUCUCAGCGGACGACCCAAGCCUCUUCCCGCAGAUCCCACCUGUGGAUCCAAACGUCAUUCGAACCCAAGUAGACUUGCAAGGCUGGGCGAUCGAGGCUUUGUCGCCGAACACCACCCUGGUUACUCUCUUAGAGCAGUCGGACCCGAAGGGUUGGUCGAACAAGGCGUCGAUUCCUCAACAGAUGAUCACCGCAGUCGCUGGCGUUGGCGAGUUCGCAAUCAAGUGCGGAGGGCCGCCCAUUGUAACUCGCCUUGAAAGUGCGAAGGCUAACAAGCUUCGAUACGACCACGAACGCGGUAGUUUCCGAAUCGAGUACGAGGGUUGCGCCAAGCGUCGGACUGCGGGUGAAGGGGCUCCUGCCGACGGCAGAUCCUCAUCCAAUCUUCCUGUAAUCGAAUGCGAGAUCCGGUGCGACCUCGAUACCUGGGCGUCAUCACUCGAUAUCGUCGUCGAUCCACCGCCGCAGUCCAUUAUUGCCCUCCGUCGACAUCGAUUCUCUUCCGGAGGUGGCGGCCUGUGGCUUACUAUCACCCACGACGCGGUCUUCUCGGAACAAGAGCGACUCCAGACUAUCAUUCGUCGAGGACCGAUGAGUGCGCCUAAGGAUAAGGGCCUCGUGAUGGUGAAUGGCGCCAAGGUCGAAGUCGAUAUGGAAGAGAUGCCGGAUCGCGACCUGAAGAACCUCACGAAGCAGAAGCGUGUCAAGCCUACUCGUGUUCCUCUAGACCAGCCUCCUGUCAUCAGCACGAUUCGGAAACGGAGGGCUGAAUGGGACGCUCACAAGGAUAUUCAGGGCGAGAACGGAAAUGGCAGAUCAUCCGUACCCCCUUCGCCUUCUAAGACGUCUUUCACGACCACAUCUCCCUCGUUCGCAACUUCGGUCUCCAAGUUCUUCACAUUUGCCGUCGAACAGGCAACUACCACGACGCAACAGGCCGUUGCGGCCAUAUCUCCUGCUAUGGCUGGAGGCGAAGACGCCGCACCUCUGUCUUCCAAGCUUCCUAUGCAAUGUGCACUUGACGCUCUUGCGUUCGUCCAGGAUCUUCAUGCGUCACCUCAUGGGGACGGCUGGACGCUAGUAAGCGACAAGGACUUCCCGGUCCAGCGCAAAAUCUUCCCGGAUGUCUCGCCCGUCAUCCCGGUCCACAAAGGCAAGAAGGUCAUCGAGGGCGUUGCCGCGGAGGAGAUAGUGUCCGUCCUCACCAGCUAUGACUGUCGGAAGCAGUGGGACACGCGUUUCGACUCCGUUAGCGUCCUUGAGGCAUACGGGGCUGACGCCCAUACGGCGUUUGUCAUUAUGAAGGGUGGCUUUCCUUUCCGCGACCGCGGGUUCUACUUGGCUUCCUUGAUCGCGCGGGGGACCACUUCCACACCAGCCUCAAGGAGGAGCACCGUCGACGUCGAACAGCUCUCCGGCGAACAACAUAGUCGUUCGGCCAUAUUCUGCGUUUCGGCAUCGUUCUCCCCCGAGUCCGUCAGCCAUUUUGCGUCAACCAAGUAUAACGCUCACAAUCUCCCGGUCGGGCGUGUUUUCCUUGACGCGUGGGUCUUUGAGACGCUCGAUCCAUAUUCUGCUGAGAACUAUGCAAUCCCAUCCACACGGUGCACGCGGGUCGUCGCUGUGGAUUACGCAGGCUCAAUACCAGCUGCUGUCAACUCGAUGAUCAACGGGAUGCUACCAAAGUCCAUACUUGCUGUCGAGAAUUACCUCAAGAAUCUGUCGCCCUCUCCAUCGAUGCGUAUGCCUGCGGCGGGCUUUGUCCUGGCACCUUCCCCGGAGGACAAGCUCCGGUCGCAACAGUCAUGGACAUUACGCCGGCGCGAUGCGAGCCGUACGUUCCUCUUGGGCGGCUUCCAUCCUGCGAGCCGGAUCUAUUCGAGCCUGAUGAUCCUCAACGGCGCCGCCAGUGCCUCUCCUUCGUCGACAAAGGACGACCGCACUCCAAGACCUAGUCGUAUCGUAACCAACCCCGCCUCACCGUUAGCCCAGAGCCCCAUUUCGCUUUCAACUGACGAAACCAGCGAGACCUUGGAGCCCAGUGCUUCUGAAAGCCGGCUUCGGGCCACACGCUCGCGAUCUCCACGGGCGCGUGAUGUUCAGCGCUCGCCUUCGAUAUUCACACCUCGAGGGGAGGUGCGCCUGCCGGUCGAUCUCCUCGUCUCGGAGCUCAUCGUGGACUCAAAACUCUAUCCGGACGGCUACGAUGUGCAAAUGCGGUCACGAAUCGAGAAGAACACAAAGAGCCAGCUAGCCCUUCCCGGACCAUCUUCGGAUAGCGCGAAGGAUGACGCAGGAGCUGAUGCCGAAGCUGCGCUCCCGGUAGCUUGUGCGGCGUAUACACUCCCCUCUUCCCCGCUGCAUUCCGCUGGCUUGAAUGUGGAUAGGCCGCCACGCCAUUUGCUUCGGUUCACCCUCCCGACGGCGCAGUAUCAGAUGACGACGAUCGUCGACCCACUCACCGGCGAGACGAGGAGAGCGCCGCCCAAACCACAAUGGCUGCUCGAUCUGGAAGAAGGGCGCUCUAUCGUUGACGUGCGUGUGACGCCCGCACCCGCUGCCGCCGGCAACGCGUCGUCUUCGGCUAAGAAGACAGUGGCGGUGAGAGUGAAUGGUGCAUCGGUUCCCGUGCUGAGCGAGAAGGAGUCGCUAACAGCACUCGGGCGAGAUGAGCUGCUCGACGGACGAGCGGCAAAGAUGGAUGUUCUCGCGCGGUCCGUGUCCGCGGAGGAACAGCUCCCGGCCGAGCUGCAAACGCCGCUGGCAGUGGCUCAGCAUCUUCUCGAAGCGCCGGUUAAAGCUUCCGAGGGUCCUUCUGGCGCACCAGAAGAGCAGGAGAAGGAGGGCGGGGGAGCGGCGAGCGAUGCGACGGACGACGCAGCCGAAAAUCAGGCGAUGCCGUUGGAGCCUCCUGCGGAGACACAUGCACCCGAGAGCGCUGCAACAGGAUUCAUGCGGUUCCUCAACCUCAACGGGUACACGCAACUCAGGUUUGGCGCCUCAAGACGAUCGAGCGCGGUACUCUCCCCGACAGGCGCCAACUCAGAAGGCACGGCGCGAACGCCGUCCGGGUCACAAAACGACGGGUCAGGAACUGCCAGACAGACGUCGGGAGGAGAAGGGCCGGAGAGCGGCGCGAUGCUCGCUCGAGCUCAGACAAGGACGAUGGCGGGAACGGGAACGACGUACCCGCUCUCGACAGUGGUCAUUGUGGCGCUGAUCGCGUUCCUGGUGGGAUCGCUGCUGAGGUCGCUGCUCUCGCCAGCCGACUUUGUGUACGUGGUGACGGACGAGAAGGAGAUGGGGAGUGUGGGUGGGGCGGGAUGGCGGGAGAUGAAGAGGCUGUUGGAGGUCAAAUAUCUUGUUGGCGGAUGGGAUUUCCAGAUUGCUGUCGUGCGACGGCAUUAG